AUGUCAGAAUCAUACUCCACGGCCGACGUCGCCAAGCACAAAGAUGAGGCCAACCGCAUGUGGAUCAUCGUGGAUACAGGAGUUUAUGAUGUAACAGACUUUGCCGAUGAGCAUCCCGGUGGAGCGAAGAUUCUGAAGCGCAUGGCUGGCAAGGAUGCAUCCAAGUCAUUCUGGAAGUACCACAGCCAGAAAGUGCUGGACAAGUACGGCGAGAAAUUGAAGGUUGGCUCGGUCAAAGAGAGCGCGAAGCUGUAG